CAAACUUAAUAAAUGUUAAAUAAUUUUCAAUAAACAAGCUAUUGUAAAACAAAAACAACAAAUUGUGCCCAAUUAGAAAAAAAAUCCCAGGAUCCUAAAGAAAGAAAAGAAAAUUUAUUAUCUUGCAACGCUAAGAGUAGAAUUAUGGAACCGAAUGAUGAAGUAGUGGAACGUCAGAAACUGGUAGAUGUAGAAACAGAAGAAGAUGUCACAAAUAGUGCCCCCAAAUCAGCACCAACUCCUGCCUCACCCAUGGCCGUGCCCAAAAUUAAUAUUAAGAGUAUUUCUAGUGGCGAAACUACUCGCAGCCGUAACUCUGCAUCAUGUUCUAUAGAACGUACUACCACAACUUCCGAAAAAAUAGGUGGUCAAUCAUCUGCCAAAGUUACAUACGUAAAUGAACGACGUCCCCGGCCACAUUUGCAUGGCACCAAUGAUGAGCGUUUUGAAUUCAAGUCCAGACCUCGAAAGUUAUUAAAAGAUAUCGAUGAUGAUGAUAGCAUUAAUGACAUAACGGAAUUGAGUAGCGAAACCCUAAGUGAUGAGACUAGCAUAAACAGCAACAUUAUAAAUAAUAACAAUAAUAAUAAUAGUAACAACAACUACAACAACAACGGCAAUGGCAAUAAUAAAAAUAAUAAUAAUAAUACUUUAAAUAAACUACAUCAUACUACAAGUACUAGUAGUUUAAAUCAACCAUCACCGACGACUACAACUACCGUUGCUGCCCUUACCUCUCCUGCUGCCACUAGCAACACUCUCAGUUCUAGUAGUGCCAGUGGUGUUGCUGCCGGCAGUAAUAAUAGUAGUAGUAGUCAUCAUUAUCAUCAUCACAAUAGUAACAUUAACAAUCACAAUGUAAUUGAUAAUACGCCACUGAUACAACGUCGCAAACCGAAUGUUAAUAACGCAGCCAUCAGCGUUAGUGCUGGCUAUCCGGGUCUAAUAUCAUCAGCGAACAUUGGCAGCCUCAGUGAUAAAUUUGAUCAGCGCCCAAUAAAACAUCAUUCUUUUGUCUCAGAAGUACCGGAUGUGAAACAUAUGGAACGUGCACUCUUAGGACUAUUGGAUGAUUUUCAUUCAGGAAAACUGAAAGCAUUUGGUUCCGGCUGUACCAUGGAUCAAAUGACUAAAAUACGCGAACAACAAGAAAGUCUUGCCAAAUUGCAUUUUGAAUUGGCGGCAGCCGAAGAAGAUUCUCUUGAGAAUGGCAAUGAUUUCAAUGCUGCUAAAGCUCAAGAAAACAUGCUACAGUUGAUGCAACGUUUAGAGCAACUUUCGAUUUCAAUCGAACAAUUACAAACUAGCCACACAGGACUCUGAGAUUUGCUUCAAGCAACGUGUAACACAAGCAGCUCAGAUAUCAAUGCUGAUGCUGCUACUCCUUCAGCAACCACAUCGGCUGAAGCUGCUACACGUUUGCUUUUAUUAUUGUUGUGAUUUCAUUUCUAAAACUUUAAACGUAUAUUAAUCCAAAAAAAAAAAAAAAAAACUUAUGGUUCUAUAACUGUUCUAUUUUUUAUAUAUUAUUUUCCACUCCAUUACAGUGUUAAUUAAGAUAUUUUUCUUCUUACUUUUCUCUAAUGUAAAGUUUUACUUAUUGUUUUUUUUUCGUUUUCGUUCAUUCAUUUUGUUACAACAUCCUUUUCUGAUUUUGACUUUUAAUAUUUGUAUGUUUAAUUACUUUUGUCUAUUCAUAAAUACGUUAAUGUUUAAGAAUAUUUAAUACAAAUAAAAAGACCUUUUUUAUGGUAGUUUUGUAGUUGUCUUAAAAUGUCUAAUUAUAUAAGUGAUUAUUUAAAAAAAAUGCGAUUAUUCUCCUUUUUUAAAAUAAAAAUUAAUCAAGUUUAAAAAGAAAACAAAAA